AUGGUAUUCGAUGCCAUCAAAACCCUCAAGGAGCGGAACGGAUCCUCCAUCCAGGCCAUCAAGAAGAGCAUCACCGCCACCUACCCUACCCUCAACUUCACGCCGCACCAGAUGCGCAGCGCCCUUAAGAAGGGAGUGGAGUCUGGCAAGUUCGUCAAGAUGAAGGCCUCGUACAAGCUGAGCGCCGAGGCGAAGAAGCCCGCCCCCAAGAAGAAGGUCGUCAAGAAGGUGGUGAAGAAGGUCGUCAAGAAGAAGGUGCCGAAGAAGAAGGUGGCCAAGAAGCCCGCUGUGAAGAAGACCACGACGAAGAAGCCCGCCGCGAAGGCCACCACCACCAAGAAGACCGUCACCAAGAAGAAGACCACCACCACCAAGAAGCCCGCGGCUAAGAAGACCACCACCAAGAAGAAGCCCUCCACCCCCAAGAAGAAGGCUGCCGCUCCCAAGAAGGCCUAG